UGUGUCUGUGUGUCUGUGUGUGUGUGUCUGUGUCUGUGUGUCUGUGUGUGUGUGUGUGUGUGUGUGUGUCAGAGAGAGAGAGUGAGUGAGUGAGUGAGUGAGUGACAGUCUUGCCUGAGGCAUCACCAUCAGCUCAUCCCAGAUUCACUUCAUUCUCGUUGAAAACCGUAAAAACAAACGCCUCAAAAAUAUUUGACUGACGAACAAAAGCUUCCAAAUCCAACCCGUCUUUUAUUUUUUUCUUUAUUGCUAUUAUUAUUAUUAUUAUUAUUAUUAUUAUUUAAUCCUCCAUAUCGUCUAUUCUCCCUCUAUCGCGGAGGCCUCCGAUUGAUCCGUGUGGCCGGUGUGGAAGCCUAACAGAUGGUCGUGUAACUUGAUAAAUGAGCCCGGGCCUUUUGUCAUUCCUCUUGCCCUCCAACGUGCCACUCGCGCCCGCAGCCUCUUGUUUUGUCAGUUCGCUCCUGCUGCGGUGGAAAUAAUCCUUGAUAAUUCACAGUGUGUGCAAUGAUACAGGCCAGUGUUGUGGUUCCCCUAGAGGCUCCAUCCCUGACGGGGUCCGGGAGGGAGGAGGGGCUCACUAUUGGACCUCUCUUAGUUUUAAUUCAUGUAUAUAUAUUUGGUAAAUUUGGUAUAUUGAAUUCGGAUUUUUAUGUAUUGCUCAAAGCUUAUAUGAUGUUGCUCUUCUCUUAAUUCUUAAUUAUUGCCUAAUAACUAAAAAUGAUUCACCAUUUGGGGUCAGCGGGGCCCUAAUUGGCUGUGAAGUUUCUUUCUUUUUUUCUGAUCAUGUUUGUGCGUCAACUUGUAAAUUAAAACCGGCGUGUAGUAUAGCUCCGCACUUGUGUGUGUGUGUGUGUGUGUGUGUGUGAGAGAGAGAGAGAGAGAGAGAGAGAGAGAGAGAGAGAGAUUGUGUGUGAGGGAGGGAUAGAGAGAGAGAGAGAGAGAGAGAGAGAGAGGUGCCAUGUGCUCAGUGUCUACUCUCCAUUUAGCUCCCCGGGCUCCGACAGGAUGGAGGUCCUGUCCGCUGCUGCCUCGCACUGACACCGACUGAAGACUCUCCUCACCCCGCCUCGCCUCGUGCCGUCGUCCCUCUCCACAACCUCUGGGCCUUGAACUCACGUCUCUCUUUAUAGUGUUUAUUAUUUGGUUUUUUUUCUCCAUCAAUCCAUCUCAGCUGGAGUGUGUCGUCUUUUUCGGAGAGAAAGGUAUGUACUUCAGUUUUUAAGUAAUUCGUGUAGUAAUUACUUCAUGUCUCUCCAAUCUCUUAUUUGACUGUGAUCGCCACCCGUCCGACGUGGGUCUCACCAUCUGUUUUCCAAUACUUGGUACUCUCGCGUUAGUCGUGGAGGUGAGACGACGAAGCGGCCGCGGGCUGUUCCUCUCUGCGGCCUCCCCCCCGCCGGUGAUGCACCGGAGGAGAGAAGCUUCCAGGGAUGGAGUCGAUGCCCGGACAGCUUCGAGAAGCGGGACGAGACGCCGGCUCCUCCCCGAGUUCGAAGCGGGACGCGCAGAGCUUCUCCAGCCCGAGCCCCCUCAAGCCCAACCAAGUGAGCGAGACCUCCCUGUACGGGGUGCCCAUCGUGUGCCUGGUCAUCGACGGCAAGGAGAGACUCUGCCUGGCGCAGAUCUCCAACACGCUGCUGAAGAGCUACAGCUACAACGAGAUACACAACCGGCGGGUCGCGCUGGGCAUCACCUGUGUGCAGUGCACCCCCGUGCAGCUCGAGCUGCUGCGGCGCGCCGGCGCCAUGCCCAUCUCCUCCCGGCGCUGCGGCAUGAUCACCAAGCGGGAGGCCGAGAGGCUCUGCAAGUCCUUCCUGGGGGCGCACAGCCCCCCGAAGCUGCCCGAAAAUUUCGCGUUCGACGUGACCCACGACUGCGCCUGGGGCUCCAGGGGCAGCUUCAUCCCCGCCAGGUACAACAGCUCCAGGGCGAAGUGCAUCAAGUGCAGCUUCUGCAACAUGUAUUUCUCCCCGAACAAGUUCAUCUUCCACUCCCAUCGCACCCCGGAGUCCAAGUACCUGCAGCCGGACGCGGCCAACUUCAACUCGUGGCGACGCCACUUGAAACUGACCGAGAAGAAAUCGGCCGACGACGUGAACCACGCGUGGGAGGAUGUAAAGGCCAUGUUCAACGGGGGCAGUAGAAAGAGGACUCUGCCCAUGAGCGGCUCGGGGAUGUCGUCGUCGAUGAAAUCGCAGGCCUCGUCCAGCUUGGCCCGAACCACUUCCCCCGAGGUCCCUCACAAAACUUUGCGGUGCGACGAGGACCAGGGGAACAGCAGCAACCUGAGUUUGGCGAGUGGCGCACGGAGCUACCCGGUCAUCCCAGUGCCCAGCAAGAGCUUCGGCAUGCUUCAGAAAAUCCCCCCGCCUCUGUUUCCCCACCACCCCUACGGCUUCCCCAGCUAUGGACUGUGUCCGAAAAAGGGCGACGGUGUGUCCGAUGCGAACAAAGCCAACGUGUCGGGCAUGUUUUGGCCUGGCGCAAAGGACGCCCUCUACCCUGCGUUCCCCAUGUUCUGGCCUGCGCCCGGCGGCCUCUCCAUGCCGCCCUACCCGGGCUCUCCGCCCAAACUGGCCCCCGAGCUGCCAGGCGUCCGGCAGAGUGAGCUCGACACGUCAGACCAAAUCGACCGGGGCGCGAACACACCCAAAGACGCCCCCCACCUCCCCCACCACCUGCAGGACGGCGGGGAGCGCUGCGCCAGCUCGCAGUCCUCCUCCGCCAGGAACGACGAGGACAAGUCCGGGGACGAGAGCUCCCCGAGGAAAAUCAGCUACAUAUCCGCCUUCAGGCCCGUGGUCAAAGACGCGGAGGCCAUCGCCAAACUCUACGGCAACCGGGACAGCUACGGCGCGCGCCCCGGCUACCUGUCCCCGGAUUUUAUCAGCGAGAGCUCCAGUUACAGAUCCGCGUCGCCGGACCGGGACAGCGCGGUGGACGAGGACGACGACGACGACCCGGACGUGGAUGUGGAGUCCAGUCGGGGACACGACGACGAGGACGAGGAGCCGAUCCGGAUCUCGCCGGGAGGGGACCGCCGUGACUCCCCGGUGCCGGACCGGGUCCCCUCGGGUGCCGAGCAGAGCCCGGAGACAGACGACUCCAGCCCCGGCGCAGCAGCAUCUGCAGCAUCAGCAGCAGCAUCAGCAUCUGCAGCAUCAUCAUCCUCACCGGAGGACUCCGCACACACUGGGUCAUCAGACGAGGACAGGCAGACGCGUAAUGGCUCUCCUGCUCUUCAUGAAGUGUGCGCUCGUGAAAGGGAGAAGGAGCCCUCGUCUUUUGGGUCGAGACUGUCGAGCAGCCCCCGCAGAUCCAAUGGUGCUCACCACGUGUCCGAGACCCCGAGCCAACGCUCCGCAGCGCCCUACCCGGAGCACAAGGACGGACAAGCCGAUGGAGCUUUACGCAUCGACAUCAGCGUGCACGAGAGAGACCUGGAGAACAUGGCGAAAGAGGAAUUGCAGAAGCAGCUGGUGGAGCAAGUGGAGCUGAGGAAAAAGUUGGAGAGGGAAUUCCAGCAUUUGAAAGAUAAUUUCCAGGAUCAAAUGAAGCGUGAGCUGUCCUACAGAGAGGAGAUGGUCCAGCAGCUGCAGAUUGUUCGAGACACUUUGUGCAGCGAGUUGGACCAAGAGAGAAAGGCUCGUUAUGCAAUACAGCAGAAGCUAAAAGUUGCUCCUCCCGUUCAUACCGGCUGGAAAGAGAUCUCUCCUUGGAGCGAUUUCAAUAAGCUCACGACGCCCUUCACCAUUUCUCUUGCAAGAUGCUCAACCCCCGUCAGUGUACCGGAGCCUGCACCUUCAAGCCCCCGCUGCUGCCUCCAUAGUGUCCGGCACGACCCUGCACCUGACCCCAGCACAGCCAAAAAAAAAAGAUGAAAACACGCACACACACACACACACACACACACACACACACACACACACACACACACACACACACACACACACACACACACAGGUCCACCUGGAGAGAUCUCGUGUUCACCACCCACCUGAAGCCCCAGGAUUACCACCCUGCUGUACAGACACACUACUGAUUUGAGCACUUGAGUGAACACGUCUCAGCCUUCGGAGAAGACUUGGGCGGCGACGUCUCCUCAAAAAAGCGGAACUCUCGAGUGAAAAGAGAUCAGGAUUUACUUAAACGUGGAAUUAAUUUUAUCCCGUGAAUCAAAGGAUCGUUGAUCUGAAGCUGCAGAGCUGAAACCAAGGAGUCUGAAUCAAAGCCGUCCGCUCUUUAGCUUUUCUGAAAAGAAGAAAAAAAACAACACUAUAUACAUAUACAUAUAUAUAUCACGUGACAAUGUGCAAUGGCUUGUAUAAUUGUGAUAUUACGUUCAAACUGUAUCUCAUUAUUUAGCUUUUGUUGCUUGUUUGAAUAUCUUGAGUUUUUACAUACAUGUGUUAUUUAUUUGGCUUUGGUUUAAUCUAUUUUUUAGAUGAUUUUUAUCACUGCAUAUGUUGUUAAGCACUUUAAAUGGGCAACACUUCUGAAUUUGACCAUGCCGUCACGAUACCAAAUUCUUUGAUCCGGAACAGGAGGAUCACUUCUUCUUCAAUGGAGCACAUUAUUGUGAGCACUUACUUCAACAGCCGUUUAUAAGUUUGACAUCAAACAAUAAAACACUUUUUUCCCGUACCGAGCUGCGUGUCAUACAAAACUUUGACGUGAUGGUCGAAACACAGUGUGGAGCCAUUUCUAGGUACCGUGUACAGUUUACAGUAUUGUAUCACAGAUCUGAUCCCUCCGAUUCCUCCGUGUCAGGGUUUUUUCUAUCAUCACAUGCAUCCGUGAGGUCAAAACAGACAAAACCAAAACUUUUUCCUAUCAUCCGAUGGUCUUUUUGUAAGAGGGAGACUCUGUAUAAAACCACGUGUUAACUGCCAUUCACACAGCUGCAUUUCAUUUUCAUUUGUUCAAUUUAGUUUGUAAUUAAUAAAAAAACAAAAUACAAAGAGAAGUCUGGGGGGAAAAAAGUCCUGGUUUCUGACACAGUCGACCCAUUUAUGUAUGUACCCAUGUCAAUAUUAAUAAAACGUGAAAGCGACUUUCUGCUU